AGGUCCAUCCAUCCGAUCACAUGUACCAUCAGUACUAACAUGAGCCAGGCCAAGACCAAGAUCGCCAACGCCAUCACGACCCUCACGUUCGAGGAGGGAUCGGACUGUCCCCUCUGGAUCGGCCAUCUCAGGAAGCCGCUCCCACACCCCUCUCUGACGCCGCUUCAGAACGAACACGUGCUGAAGCGUCUCUACGACGACGAGAUCGCGCGCCUAACCGCCCUCCAUGGUACCCGUGCCCCUCCCGCCGGUCACCCUCCGGGUGGAGACUGGAUGUAUACAUCCCUCUGCGGUCAGACGCAGAAGGUCAAGAGGGAGCCGGCUGGAAAGCACAGGACUGUUGCGAGAGGCUGGUGGACGUAUAGUGUGGAUGGAGAGGAUUUGGAGAUUGUUUGGGAGAAGUGGCCGGUUGGUCUUGAUGGGAAGCCGGUGGGAUGGAAGAAGGUGAACUGGAAGGGUGGGAAGGUGGGAACUGCUUUGGUUCGGAACUGGUUGGAGAGGGAGUUGUAUGCGAUGCUCAAGGAGGAUGCAAUGGAAGGAGUUGAGUAAGCGGAUGGCUGGCUCGCAUGUCCUCCUGACCGUGUACGGACGCUUCGAGGAUAUGUAGUUGUGUUAAGAUACCAAAAAAGAUCCAUCUGAAAGACGAUAAUCUCAAUCAGUAGAUAAUACCACAUUGAUUCGAGUAAAGUCUCUAGCACCGACCACGAGCAAGUCUGUCGUAGACAAAAGAUCCUGUAGCAGCAUCCA